CAGUCUGAUCAUUUUACAUAAGCAUAAAAUUAGACAAGGGAUAAAUUGAAAAUUAAUCAGUUUUUAAUUAAAAUUAUCUCCUAAAUAUUUUUAGUUUAGUUCUACUUAUUUUUAUCACAGACAAUUUCAAAAAUACUCUUGACUACAUGAUUUUUUUCUAAAAAUAGUAUUGACAGAUUAUAGGGGUAUAAUAGGUAUAUUGAUUGAAAUAGUGAGUAUUAUACUAAAACUUAAAAUUUAUAGAUAAAAAAGAAAUGACUUGCCUAAAAGUGAUUCCUGAUCUAAUAUCUACGUUAAAGAAAGGACUUAGCUAAAAGUGACUCCUGAUCUAAUAUCUACUUUAGACAUAGAUGUAAAAGUUUUGAACCUAAAAUUGGGCUGACAAAACGAAUCUUUAGAAAUAGGUCGGGUCAAGUUACGCAGGGCUAAAUAUUUAGUUUUCUGACAAAAUUUGGUUUAAGUAAAUAAUAAUGGAGCAAAACAUUGUGCCGGACAAAAAAAUAUGUGGGUAUUAUAAAGUUAAUUGGGAAUCAAGUAUGGAUCAAUAUUUGAGCUGGAUAAAGAACAAUGAGGAAUUUACAUGAAAUAUGGGAAAAUUCACUAAAAUUUGAUAUAUAUGGCUUUUUAUUUUGUGUGCAUUUUUUAUGGUUUUUUUUGUUGUUUUCCUUUUUUAUGGGUUUUGUUUUCCCAUAUUUAUCAAAAUAUUGCUUUUAUAUCCCAUAUUUUUUUGUAUACGUUUUUUUUUUUCUAUAGGGGUAUUUUUAUGAGUAAAUUUUUGUCUUUUUAUUUUUAUUAUUUUGGUAAACAUUUUUGUAAGAAAAUUUUAAUUCAGUAGUGGUUUAUUAUGCAUUUAUGUGUAUUUUUGUGAGGGCUUUUUAGUCAUUUUAUGUGUUUUUUUUAUUAUUUUAUUUUAUUUUAUUUUUGAAUUUUUUUUUGUAAGGAAAUCAAUUCCCAGUAUGCAUGCAGGUACUUGAGUACCCAGCCUCUAUCACGUUUUUAUCUUCUUCACGUUUUCUGAAUUUUAUUAGUAUAUUUUAUUAAGUAUCACGUUUUCUUCAGUGGUGAUUUGUGUUCUUAGUUUUCGUUCUUGUGUUAGGGUUUAUUUGAGUUCUUUGUUGUCGAUUUUCUGCCCUCUGUGCGUGUGUUUCGUUUCGGUGAGUACCUGGUUUCAGGAUUUUUAUAAGUUUCUCGUUGUGGAUUUGUGCCUCUUUGUGGUGUUUUCGUAUCGUGCAUUGAUAUUUCUCUUGCUCGAAUUUGUGUGAUGGAUCACUGUGGUGAAUGCGGUGGUGUUUCUGGUUCGGAGAAGAAAAUUUCUGGUAUAGUAGAGGAUGAAUCGAAGAAUGUAGGGGAUGAUAUUUGCGAGAUUCUUUCUCGAAGGAGUAACAUUACACAUUUGAAGUCUGUUGCAAGGAAGAAGAGUAAAUCCCCUUCCUCUGUUGCAAGGAAGACAAGUAAAUCGCCUUCCACUGUUAAACAGGCGAAGGAUUCGUGUGCAUCUGGUAGUAAGGAUGCUGGAGAUGAUUCUCAUGAGACUAAACAUGUUGUGGCUCAUUUAAAAAUAUACCCCUCCAAGAGGUUUGGUAGUAAGGUUCAACAUUUUAAUGACAAGAGUGUCAUUACUGACUUGAAAUCUAAGUUGACUAAAAGUCAGAAAUCAUUGUUUAAGAAGACCCCAUUUGGGCACUUUUUAGAAGUAUGUGAUAUUCAUUUUCAAACUCAACUUGCCCAGCUUGUGUUAUUGAGAGAGGUAUCUCAUGAGAGGGAGGAAGAGGAAAUGUGGUUUAAGCUUGGUCGUAGAGUGUGUAGGUUUUCUAUUGAAGAGUUUGCUCUAGUUACGGGUCUUAGAUGUGAUGGUGAUUUUGAUUUAAGUCGUUUUCAAAAAAAGAAGGUUUUGUUUAAGAAAAAAAUAUUUGGCCGUUUUGUUGGUAAGGUGUCGAAGUCUGAAUUACGCAAUGCUUUUAUUAGUAAGGAUCUAGUUGAUGAUGAGGAUGUUGUCAAAUUGGGUAUAGUUCAUAUCCUAGUUAACUAUUUGUACGGCUAUACUAGUGAUAAGUUGGUUGAUGAUUUCUUUUUUGAGAUGGUUGAUCGAGAUUUUUCUGAAUUAGCAAAUAUUAGUUUUGGCAAGUUUGUAUGGGAUAGGAGUUUUCAAUAUUUGAAAACUGCUUUGAAGGGUGGGAAUAAAAUAUUUGAUGGACUGUUCGUUGAUGGGAAGGUUGGCCUUCACCCUUACAAACUUCUUGGGUUUCCCAUUGCUUUUCUUGUAUGAAUUUAUGAAAGUAUAGCUGAGUUGAGUCCUGAGUUUUGUCAACGGGUUGGGAAAAAAUUUCCCCGUUUGUUGAAUUGGAAGAGUACAGAUAAUGCGUUCUAUGCAAACUUGGUGGGAAAGGUUUUCAACAAUCAGAAGUUGACUAUCCUGAAUGUCUAUCCGUCUUCUGAGGAGAGAAAGAAACUGGCAGUAAAGAAGUUUAAGUUUGAGCCUCUAUACUUGCCGAAGGUGUGUGCUGAAGAUGGAGACAGUAGUCCGGGUACCCAGGUUGAUAGUGAAAAGUUGAGAUUGAUUUGUGAAUCAAUCUCAUCAAUAAAAGCAUGCCAAGAAACUAUUAUUAGUGACAUUGCAGUUAUGAGAUCUGAGUUCAUGGGGAAACUCAGUGAUUUAUCUGCAAUGAUUGUUAAAUUUGUUGCAAAAAAUUCUGAAAAAGUUGCAAAUUCAAGUGAUGAAAGUGCUGGUUUUAAUGAAGGGGAAAAGCCAGAUGAUUUUGAUAAUGUUUCCAGUCCUAUUUCUGAUGAUUCUAAGGAUUGUGGAAAUGAUUCAGCUGAAGAGUCUGAUGGUAGUAAGGGUGUUGAGAAGGAUUUAAAUGAAAAUUUUGAUGCUGUUUAUUCUGGGUUGGAGUUGUCAAAUGUUGUGGGUGGAGAUAAGGAUUUUACAAACAAGCCUGAGUUCAGUUCAGUUGGUUUAAGUUUUGAAGAAGUAUAUGUUGAUCCAGAGAUUUUGAGUGUUAUUGAUAGAACUGUUCAGUAUGCAGAAGGAGAAAAGAAAUUUACCGGGAGUAAGGAUGAUUGGAAGGUUGUGAUGGUUGGUGAUGAUGAUGAGGUUCCUGUUGCUAUUGAAAAUAGGGAGCCUAAACCUAGUACUCAUGUCAAGUCUCCUUUUGUUACUGAGUUUGGUUCUUCUGAUGUUAAAGAAACUGUGAAGAGGAAGGGAGUGGAAGUGGUGAUUGUUAGAGGAUUGGUUCCAUUUGAAAAUGAAAUAGGGCAGAAUGUUUCAAAGAAUGAUUGCCUGGAUUAUAUUUCUUGGAUUGAGGAUAAAAUGAAUUUUAAGAAUAAGAAGAAGAAAUUUUCUGAUGUCAAUAACAUUAUCAAUCCCCCAAUGGAUUAUUCAUUUGUUAAAAUUUCUGAGAAAAUGUGGUUUUACAAGCUUCAAACUUGUGGGGAGGAGCUUAUGGACACUCAUAUAAAUGUAUGUUUUUAUUACCUGAGGAAGAAGAUUAAGCUGGUUGAUGGUUUGAACAAGAGGGUUACAACUACAGACUCUUGGUUUGAUGCAACUAUCAAGGGUUUGUAUGAUAACUUUGUGGCAGCCAAAUGUGAUUCAAGCAUCAUUCGUUUUGAUAAUCUAAUUUCAGAUUACAUUAUUGGUGAAUAUUUGUUUUGUAACACUCCUUGGGUGGAUGUGGAUCAUGUUCUUUUUCCUGUGCAUGUGAAGGUUCAGUUGCAUUGGGUUUUUAUUCACUUUUCCAUUAAGAGUAGGAUGUUAACUGUCUACAAUUCUUUGACGGGGAAGAAGAAUGAGAGUAUUGCUUUGCCAUAUGUGAAGGCUUACUCUGUUGUUUUACCAUAUUUUCUAGAUUUUCUUGAUUUUUAUUGUUCUAGGAAAGAUUUGGACUUGAAUGUUGGUCCAUAUUCUGUUGGGAAGAAAGAUCCAAUUGAUUUUAACUUUGCCAAAGACUUGCCAUUUCAAGAGGAUAAUGAUUGUGGAGUAUUUGUUAUCAAGUAUGCUGAUUUGUUUAUUCAUGGGAAGAUUGAUGACAUCUCGAAGAACAUGGCUGCCAAAAUUGCUACCUAUCGUGAUUAUCUUGCCAUUAACUUGUAUAGUCAUGCAAAAAAGAAGCAGAUUGGUGGGUACAAGACAGAAGAUGAUGCUCCAUCAAAGAAAUCAAAGAGGAGGAGGAAUUAUAAGUAGAGAUGUUGGAGUUUUUUUUUUUUUAGCUGUAUUAACGACCAUGUCUUUUUUUUCUUUCGUUGUUUAACAGUGAAGUUGUGGUUUGUAACUGGGUACUGUUUUAGUACUGGACUUA